CACACACACAGACACACACACACACACACACCGAGAGCGUUGAUCGGAAUAUAAAGCCAGCUGAGCUGAACGAUCUCGGUUUAUUCCUCAAGACAGCAACACACCGAAGUGUCUCUAUCGGCCAUGGACUCUGUAAGAAGACUCCUGCUUUUGCUUAUGCUGCUAGCUGUGAACGCAUCGGAAGAUUCUGAAUUCAACCUUCAAAGGGAAGUUCGUAUUCCCACUGAGAUCACCGAUUUUAGCGAAUUUAUGUCCACUGAACUCUUGGAUAUGGUGAAACAGGGUUCACUGGACUCUCACCCUGUGAGAAAGACAGAUCGUCAGAUCUCCCUGAUUCCAUUCAUUCCUUUCCCUCUUGCACGUCCAACCACAGGCAACAUCCUUGCCAUCUGUCACUAUAGUAAUCUUCGCCCUCGGUAUACUAAAGACAUGCUACCUAAAAGUGGCUUUGGUUACCUAUACCGUCAGGCAAGUGCUGUCAAUCAGUUGGAGUCCUGGUUCUCUGUGUGCUGCAGUAAUGGCACUCAAGAUGAAGAAAUGACUCUGUGCUGUGCACAACAGGCGUGGAAGAUUUCACUCUCUAACUUUUGUCAAGAGGAAUUCAGCAUUAAGACCAGUCACUAUCACUGCUGUAAGAAGAAUCAACAGGCAAGAUGGGACUGCUUUGAGGAAAAUGCUCCGGACCCAUUAUACCAGCCCUCUGGCCAGAAAGUGUCACCCACCCAAGAUUUUGACUUUAAUGCCAGUAGCUGCCAGAAAACAAGUGUUUCAGAAAUCAUUCACAAACCAGAGAUGGUGACUGAACCCCUACCUCACGGGUUGAUGGGGCAGAGAAUGGUGAUCACUCAAAAUCCAGUGUCUUUAGGGGAGGAAGAUCUCUUGCAUCAUCAUGUGCCAAGUCAUCAAUUCAUAUGGCCAACCAUUACUUUCCCUCUUGCCCGUCCAACCACAACAAACAUCCAUGCCAUCUGUCAAUAUAGUAACUACCGUCCCCGGCAUUCUAAAGAUGCUUUACCUAGUAGUGGCUUUGGCUACCUGCAUCGUCAAGCUAGUGCUGUCAAUCAGCUGGAGUCCUGGUACACUGUGUGUUGCUCUAAUAUCACCCAAGAUGUUGAGCAGACUCUGUGUUGUGCACAGCAGGCGUGGGAGACGUCACUGUCUGCUUUCUGUGAAGAAGAAUUCAGCAUUAAAACCAGUCACUAUCACUGCUGCAAAAAGAAUGGGCUGGAAAGAUGGGACUGCUUUGAGAAGGAGGCAUCAAAUAUGUCAUACAAGCCCUCUGAGUCUGAGGCACAGUUCUCUUACCACGACAUGCAGAACUUUGACUUUGACCUUAAUAGCUGCCAGAAAACAAGCAUUUCAGAGGUUAUUACCAAGAGGCAAAUUAAAACGGAGCUCAUCAGCUUUCCUCCUGGUCGCCCGAAUGCUGACAACAUUAGCCCAAUUUGUGCUUUUCGCAAGUAUCGUCCUCGCUUCAUCACCAGCUGUUUGCCUCCGACAGGAUUUGACUGGUUUGGCCAUCAGUUAAAGGCCAUCAAUAGUCUGGAAAAAGGCUUUGGUCAUUGCUGUAAGGAGAACAAACAUAUAAAAGUCUGCGCUGAGGACAAGUGGAAGAAGAUGGUGGAUAGGUUCUGUAAGGAUGAGAAGAAGAAGAAUCAGGAAAACCAGUAUGAAUGCUGUAACAAGCAGAGAGGAGAAGAACAGUAUGGCUGUUUUAGUACUGCUGCCCCAAAUCCUCAAUACAUGGUCAUGAAUGACAAUCUUCUUUUAGAAGACCAUGCCAGUCUUGACAUGUUCUGUGGUACAUACAGAGCUCUUCAGAAAAUGAAACAUUUGCCUUUCAAUGUUGAUGAAAUGGCUGAAAACUGCUGCAUCCUAGUGGGAGCAGAGAGGUCUACAUGUUUACAGAUACAGAUGGACAUCCACUUGGAUGAUGCAUGCAAAGCAGACAACCCAUCAGUCACACAAGUAAAGCAAAACUGUUGUAGGAAGGCUGCCAACGAACGCUCCAGAUGCCUCACCAAGCUGCUCUUGCAUAACAUUGCUAAAGCAAUAAGAAUUAAUCGCAGGAGAUGUCCAAUCGUUACAUAAAAUACCGUUUAAGCUGAUUCCUUAAUUCAAUAUGUUGAGCCAGUUCUCUGUUAGUACAAGUUAAAUAUGUAUUUUUUUUAUAAUAUAAUUAUUAUUACUAUUAUGGUUAAAGUUUUAAAUAUAUAGUCACACUAUUGUAUACCAUUUACUUUAAUAAACCUAUUAUUGGUAGGCAUUUUAUUCACCUACUAAUGGGUCCUUUUGUUCUUAUACAUUGUUCUUAUACAGCUGCAUGGAUGGGUUAUAUUUACUUUAACUACUCACAGAACAUACAGAAACAUAUUAAAUAAAAAUAUUUCUUUGCA